CUUUGGUUUGACAACUCUCUCUUCUCGCAUACGUACUAUAAAAACAAUCGAAUCAUUUGUAUUAAAAAUGAAAGAUAUUCUUUUUAUUGUGUUAAUAAACAAAUUUGAAUCGAUGAUGCAAAAUAUAUUCAGCAAUCUGAGCAGAAAUGAUCGACAUCGUCAUCGAACACAUAUCAGUUUGCACUGUGUUAUUGUUGAGUUCAGUUCAUUCAAAAAGAGAAGCAAAAUAAAAAUGCCUGGUCCAAAGAGUGGUAGCUGUAAGUGGAAUCCAGAGUACAGCAAACUUUAUCCGGGAAUUACGGCAGCGAAAAAUGGGAAAUCAGACCAUUGUCAUUGCAUGCAUUGCAACAAAGAUUUGUCCAUUCACCACAAAGGCAAGGCUGAUAUUGAAAAGCACGUAAAUACAAAGGAGCAUAUCGCCAAUCUGAAAAAAGUUGCUGGUACAAAAACGUUGUCGAAUUUGUUCAAUGCUAAUGAGAAAGCAGCUAUUGAAAAUGCAGCGAAAGAAGCAUUGUGGUGCUACCACAAAAUACACAAAAAUCAAUCAUUUGCGUCAUCUGACUGUGAAAGCGGUAUCUUUCGUGAAGUGUUUAUGCAAAACAAAUUCCGAUUGGGUAGAACGAAAUGCGCAGCAAUUGUUUCAAAUGUGUUUGCUCCAAAAAUUGUCGAAGAAAUGAAAAAGGAAUUGGAAUCAUGCAAUUUCGUCUCGAUCGCAACAGAUGCUUCAAACCAUGGUGCAAUCAAAAUGUUUCCCGUUGUUGUUCGUUAUUUUGCAGCACUCGAAGGUCUCAAAACAAAGGUUUUGGAUUUAUCAGAUCAAAAAGGUGAAACUGCUGACAUAAUCGUGAAUUUGCUAAGCGUUACGGCAAACAAUUAUGACAUUGAGAACAAAAUUGUCGUGUUCUCUGGUGACAACGCACCAACCAAUUUUGGAUCCGUUCAUCGAACAGGCAGCAAAAAUGUAUUCAAGCAACUAAAACAACGUUUCAAUGCGAAUAUGAUUGGAGCUGGUUGCACCGCUCAUUCACUUCACAAUGCGAUAGGCAACGCUUCUGACAAGCUGGACAUUGACGUUGAAUACAUCGCAGUGAAAAUUUAUACACACUUCUACCGAUACACUGUUCGUUUGAAUACAUUGAAAGAUUUUUGUGAUGCAAUUGGUGAAACAUACGUAAAAUUGAAAGGCUACAGCAAAACGCGCUUCUUAGCGUUGAAAGAAUGUUUGAGUUCAAUCAUUGCCAAUUUCGACGCAUUGAAUGAAUAUUUUCAUUCUUUCGAUGCACCUGUGAAAAUUUUGGAAUUUUUCGAUGACCCAUUCGCUUUGGUAACGUUGAUUUUCGUUCGAGAUCAAGCAGAGAAUUUUCAAAAUGCCAUAUUGCGACUUGAAGGAGACUACAUUUGUGCUGUUGAUGCGUGCCAUACAAUCGAUGAAUUGAAAACUAAUGUUAAAAGUCGGCUGCAAAAUAAUUAUUUUUCAUCUGAAUUCCGCACUGCAAGUGAGAAAGUCAACAAUGGUGCUCCAAAACGAAAGUUUAUGGAUAAAGUCAAGGCAUUUCAUCGCACGGUAUUGAAGUAUUUGAAUGAUUGGACUGAAUGGUUGGAUGAUGUCAAAGUAUUUUCUUGGAUUCGGCUAAACAACAAAGUAAAAUGGAAUGAUAUCGAGUGUGCUGCACUAUGGAUGACUGGACGAAACUAUUUCAAUUCAGUGGAUAUGGACAAGCUCUUCAAUCAGUUCUCAAUUAUGGAAGCAUUCUUGAAUGUAAACGAAAAUUCAAUCAAAGAGGAAAAGGCGACUGACAAAAAGUGGGUCAAAAUAUUUCGUCAUUUUGAUGAGAAAUCGGUGCCAUUUAGUGAGUUGCUGAAGUUGGUAGAAUUUGCAUUGGUCAUUCCUGCUACAAAUGCAACAGUCGAACGCGUUUUUUCACACAUCAAUGACAUUUGGACACCAGAAAAAGGCAGCUUGAAAAUUGAAAAUGUUCGUUCACGGUUAAUGGUCAAGUUCAAUUGGAAUGAUUCUUGCUCAAACUUCUACGAAAAAAUCAAGGGUGAUUCCGAACUGCUUCGUAAAGUUAUGGGACAUGAAAAAUACGACAAAACGUCCGAUUUGUUCAAGACACAAUCAAAUGAACAGUUACUCUCAACUUCCACUACAGCUUAAGCUCAUAUUUAGUUAAAAAUUUCUGAUUAAGGUUACAUGCGAGUUUAUUUAUUAAUAUUUUGAUUAAAAAAUAUGAUUUUUGUAUCAA